UUAAGUUGGUAUCCAUGAAAUUCCCUAAAAAAUUCUUUAACCCAACAAAACGGAAAUUUCCCCCUAAAAAUCGCUAAAUAGCGCGUUUUAUCGCGAUAAGACGCGAAAUAAGCGUUUAUUAAUCAUCGAAAGAUUAUAUUAACCUUUAAAUAGCUUCCAAACACCGAAAAACGGGGUAAAAUUUGAUAUUUUCCUAAACAUAACCUCACUUUUUCACCGCCAAACAUGUCUCACACCAUUUUGUUGGUGCAAUCGGGUUCUAACCCGGAAACGAGGACGUAUUCCGAUUACGAAUCGGUCAAUGAAUGCAUGGAGGGUGUUUGUAAGAUUUACGAGGAACAUUUAAAGAGGCGAAAUCCGAAUACGCCGACGAUAACUUACGAUAUAUCUCAAUUAUUCGAUUUUGUAGAUCAGCUAUCGGAUAUAAGUUGUUUGGUUUAUCAAAAAUCGACGAACACUUAUGCGCCUUAUAAUAAGGAUUGGGUGAAAGAAAAAAUUUAUAUCUUGUUACGACAGGCUGCAGAACACGCUGAUUAAAACGAAAUGGAUAAAUCGUUUAAGUAAAAAAGUCGUUCUUACCAAUUUACUCUCUAAUUUGGUUAUUUGAAAAAUAAUUUUAGUUUUAUUUUUUAUUGAAUAAUUAAUAA